CUUCCAUUCAGCCAGGAACAAAACCCCGCCCUUUCGGCGCCUUUUGGCGGGCAACUCCACUCCGUGAGUCACUAACGCGGCAGGCGGUGAAAAUUAUAGCGAGACAUGCUGCCACUUUGACGGUUGCGAUAGCGUCCGCGAUCGGCCACAUUGAUAUCUCUCUCGCAAAUCCACCGACUUAAAUCCCACCCAGGGAAUACCCUCCCGUUUGUUCAGUAAACGUUACACCAGUUCAAGAUGGCUGCACUCGACAUCAGGCCGUCCCUGGAGGACGCGCGCAAGCUCUUCGACCAGACAUGCCAAGCAUCAGCAAGGCCCACCCUUCUCCCUCUGUGCAUCUCCUUGCCUGCCGACCUGUUGACGCCCUCGGCCAUUUACCUGAAGCUCUCCGCAGGAGCGACAGCUGAAUACUCGUUCCUCCUCGAGAGCGCCGAUGGCGGCACCGAGACAGUCGGCCGCUACAGCUUCAUUGGAGCCAACCCCCGAAAGGUCCUCGAGACCGGCCCCGGCUACCAAGAUGUCGGCGAUCCCAUGAGAGCCCUCGAACAGGAGCUCGCCAAGGACAAGGUCCUCAGCAUCCCCUCCCUCCGACUCCCCAGGCUGACCGGCGGCGCUGUCGGCUACAUCUCGUACGACUGCAUCAAGUACUUCGAGCCCAAGACGGUCAAGGGUCGCGAACUCAAGGACAACCUGCACAUUCCCGAGGCCCUCUUCAUGCUCUACGAUACCAUGGUUGCCUUUGACCACUUCUCCUCCGCCUUCACCGUCGUCACCCAUGUCAGACUUCCCGAGGACCCUUCCGGCGACUUCGAGGCGGCAUACAACGCGGCUUGCGACAGCAUUCGCUCGACACUCGAUGUGAUUAACCAGCCCGAGACGCCGCUCCCGCCCAAGGACUCCAGCACUCCCGCCUCCGACCAGACAUUUUCUUCCAACGUUGGACGCCACGGUUACGAGAACUUUGUGACGGAGCUCAAGAAGAACAUUGUCAAGGGUGACAUCAUUCAGGCUGUCCCGUCUCAGCGCUUUUCUCGCAGCACCAGCCUGCACCCCUUCAACAUCUACCGCACUCUGCGCACGCUCAACCCUUCGCCCUACCUCUUCUUCCUCUCGUGCUCCGACUUCCACAUUGUUGGCGCCUCGCCCGAAUGUCUGAUGAAGACCGACGGCUAUGCCAACCUUCCUGCGGAUACCCGUUUUGGCUAUAGCGCUGCCGAGGCCCGCUCUCGCCCCAGGAUCGUCAACCACGCCAUUGCUGGUACCAUCAAGCGUGGCCUCAACUCGGAGGAGGACGAUGCCCUUGCGGCCGUGCUGCUGGCCUCGACCAAGGACCGCGCCGAGCACGUCAUGUUGGUCGAUCUUGCCCGCAAUGAUGUUAACCGUGUCUGCCACCCGUCCACCGUCAAGGUCGACCGCCUCAUGCGUAUCGACCGUUUCUCUCACGUCCAGCAUAUCACCUCGGAGGUCUCCGGUCUGCUGCGCCCCGAAUGCACCCGUUGGGACGCUUUGCGCUCCAUCUUCCCCGCCGGUACCGUGUCGGGCGCGCCCAAGAUUCGUGCCAUGGAGCUGAUCUACGACUUGGAGAAGGAGAAGCGCGGCGUCUACGCUGGCGCUGCCGGUUGGUUCGCCUACGAUGUCGUUCGCGUCGAGGGUGGUGAGGGUGAUGCCCCUGUUACCACCUUCCUGAGCGAAGGACAGAUGGAUACUUGCAUUGCUAUCCGCACCAUGCUGGUCAAGAAUAAGGUUGCUUACCUGCAGGCUGGGGGUGGUAUUGUCUUUGACAGUGAGAAGACCGAAGAGUGGAUGGAGACCAUGAACAAGUUGGCGGCCAACCUGCGCACUAUCGAACUGGCCGAGAAAUACUACGGUGACAGCACGGGAUCCAAGUCGGUGCAGGAAAUCAUUGAGGAGGAGAGGAAGAAGGGCGACGAGCAGUACAAGCUGCAGACCAUGAGCGCUGGGGCGUAAGUGACGACAUGAUUCUGUGCGUAAAAAGGCUGAAUAAACAGGAUAUCAGGUGAAUCAAUUUGUCUCCUCGAGGACCGAGGGCACCAACUGACCAUCACAACGGCUUGAUGUUAUGGGAUAUUCCGGGCAGGUGCCUGGAUACCCCACUGUGUCGUGACCCAUGCUCGACAUAUAAGAUUACUCACCCCGUCUCCCUCUGUCAAGGUUGACGGGCCAAUCAAUCAAUA